AAACUGUCAACACUUGUCUCGGAUACUUGAAGAGUACAAAAAUGCAACAAUUCGCUACUGACUCUCUUACAUUCUGGUUCAGUAUUGUCUGUCUUACUCACAUAGUCAGUGCAGUAGAGAGAAUGAAAAGUUUGAUGGAAAGAUGCCCUGAUGGAUAUUUUGGUUACAAGUGCAAGUUUCGAUGUCAAUGUCAACAUCAGGAAGUUUGUGAUAAAAUUUCUGGACAUUGUCCAAAAGGCUGCAAAAAUGGAUUUUGGGGGACUAGCUGUCAUCUAGACAACAUGUGCUAUUACAACAACCAGCGACGACUGUAUUUGGGGUCAAUCUCCUAUACAAGUAAAAUGAAUACAUGCCAGCGAUGGGAAGCCAAAGUUCCCCAUGCCCACAACUAUACAGAGAAAAGUUUUCCAGAUAAUCGUUUACCUAGCAACUUUUGCAGAACAACUCCAGAUUCAGAUAGACCGUGGUGUUAUACCACAGAUACACACGACCGAUGGGGAUAUUGUAAAAUAAAUAAUUGCGAAUGCCCUGUGGGAAGAUUUGGACAAAACUGUCACAAAGAAUGUCAUUGUAAAGAUGACAAUGAAAAAUGUGACAGCAUGAAAGGAAUUUGUCGCACUGGUUGUGCUCGAGGCUGGUCCGGCCUGGACUGUCAAAAACCUGAAGAUUGUCCAGAAAAUCUUUACGGUUGGGAGUGUGGUCUUGUAUGCCAAUGUGACAAUCCAAGACACUGUGAUCGCUUCUGGGGGCCAACAAAAUAUUGUAAUUGUAAAAAGGGAUUUUUUAAUCCCCCAAAUUGUGAGCCAGUGACAGCCCCUAAGAUUGUGGAUUUUGUCAACGAAAAGGUUAACUCAGGCCAAGCCAGCGAAUUUAACUGUACAAUAGCAGCCUACCCAACCCCAACAGACAGAGAUGUGAAUUUGAUUAGUGAGGACGGGAAAAGAUAUUCUCCAAAGUCCUACAAAGAUCUUGAAGGCUAUCUCUAUACCAGACAAUUCACUUUCUUGGCCAAAAACGUGAUGUACAAUGAAAAGUAUACUUGUUCUAUACAGUCCACUGCAGGAAGUAGUAAAAUGACCAAAGCAGCAAAUGUUUUUCAGCUACCAAGAUUAGUUUCCGCCCCUGCCAUCUAUCAUGUGAGUUCUUCAAACGCUACAGUUUUCUGGUAUCCGUGGAAUAAGAACAGAGGUGAUACCGGGGAUGAACCAGUGAUUAGCUAUCAUGUGUACAUAAAACAUAAACACGAGAACACGUACACACCAGCUGGACGUCUACUAUCGAGUCAAUGUGCUGAUAAAUGUUUGUUCACUUUCAACAACUUACAAGCCAACACAAUGUAUUUGGUGUAUGUUGUGGUACAACGCAGUGGUUUAGGUGGUGAAGGUCUACCAAGUCCAUACAUGUAUAUCAAUACUGAGUGUGCAGCGCCUAAACUGCCAGUAGUCAUUGAAAAAAUAUCUUCAGAUCUCCAGCUGAACGAAACUUUCCCUAAGACUAAAGUAACUGUCAAGUGGAAGGACCCUGACUUAUCAUCAAUAAACUGCCAACGAAUAAAGAAGUACAUUUUAUACAUCAGCUCUGAACUGGGCAGAACUAGUGACAGACAACGUGAUAAGAGAAUCAUUGAGAUUACAGGUGAUGGUGAUAGUGUAUCCGUGCCGAAUUUGGAGCCAUUUAUGCAAUACUGUGCCGAAAUUGAAUUUCAAAAUGAUGCUAUGUAUACAAGUCCAUUGUCAACACGAGAAUGUAUAGUCACACAAUCAACAGUACCUGGACCUCCUACAUACUUUAGACUACAUUCCCAUAACAGCACUGCUGCUACAUUAACAUGGCAGCCACCCAAAAAUAAUGUUGGUGCUAUCUUAAAGUAUCAUGUCCAGUACUAUGAAGAUAAUAACCCAACAUUAAAAGAAUUUGUUGUCCCGGCAUUAGAAAAAGACACAAUAGAGUUCACUAUGACACAUCUGAGACCGAACACGUAUUACAAGGUCAAGGUCAAGGCAGAAAAUGUUGCUGGCAACGGGACGACAACUCCCAAUAAUGUCGUCUUCACCACAGAGGAGGGAGUGCCUGGUCCAGUUCAUCAUCUCACCAAUGUAUCUAAAACAACGACAUCUCUAGGACUUCAGUGGCAGCUGCCUUUACAACCUAACGGACAAGUUUUACAUUUCGAGGCAUCAUGUCAGGCUAAGGAAUCUUUAUCUAAUGGACCUUCUGUUUCCCCUCAUGUAAACAUAGUACCUCCAAAUGUCCUAGAAAUCGUGAUUAGAAACCUUGUGCCUGCGACUUUAUACAUGUGUUCUGUGACUGGUAGGACUAAAAAAGGUCUUGGUCAACCAGCUAACAUACAAGUUUGGACCUUACCGGAAGAGCCUAGCCCACCUUUCCCACCUGAAAUUAUUAAACUUACGGAGAACACAGCAACAUUGAAGCUCCAUGAGUCUAAUGAUCGCACAAUCAGAUUUUAUCGCCUCAUUGUGGAAACGCACCGCAAUGGUCCUAGAAAACGCAAUACUUAUAAACAUUUAGUUGAGUUAAACUACGACCAUCACUCAUCAAUGAAAGGUAUAACUAACACAUAUAUUACUGCCCAGUUUCCACGAUACAGACUGAGAGGAACAUUUGUUAUAGGAGACAACAAAACCUAUGAAGGCUACUACAAUGGACCUUUAAAACAAGACCAAGAAUACACUAUUUGGCUUGGUGCUUUUUCUAACGUAGAUGGGAUAAAUCAACAUGUAUUUGUAAAAGCAGAUAGACCUAUUCAAGCAAGGUCAUUUUCUGAAGAAAAAUCUACCAACUCUGUGCCAGUUAUUAUUGGGGUUAUUAUUGUGUUCUUGCUGCUGAUUGCAAUAAGCGUAGUACUGUUACUUUUGUGGAGGCGAAGACAUAAUACAGAUGAACAAGAAAAAGCAGAAAUUCCAUUUUUUGGGCCUAGAAUUUUUCCAGAACCUGAAUCAUCAGACCCUUCAUUGCCAAUGUCAAAAGAAAAGCAUCCAUCCAUUGACAAUAUAGACUCUGAGCCUCUUAUAAACAGCCCAUUGAAUGAUUGUAUACUGGACUCGGAGCCUAUGUACUAUAACAGUGAUGAUGUCAUUGCACCAAUAAAAGUAGAAGAUUUAUGGGAUUAUAUUAGAUCAAAUAAACAAAAUGAUCUUGAAGGACUAAAGAGAGAAUUUAAGCUUUUACCAGCUGGUAUAACAUCAACUUGUGAAAUAGCUAGAAGAAAUGAAAAUAAGCUGAAAAAUAGAUAUGGAAAUAUAAUUGCUUAUGAUCAUACUCGAGUUGUGUUAGAUGUUGAAGGAGAAGACAUUCAUGAUGACUAUAUAAAUGCUAACUAUAUUGAUGGCUACAACAAAAAGAAAGUGUACAUAGCAGCUCAAGGUCCAAGUAGACCAACAGUGAAUGAUAUUUGGAGGAUGGCAUGGAAAGAAAAUUCAAAAUCAAUUAUCAUGUUAACCAAUUCAACUGAAUCUGGCAAGAAAAAAUGUGAUCAAUAUUGGCCAGAUACUGGCUGUGAACAGUAUGGUAAUAUAUCAGUUCAAUUGCUAAAUACAGAUGUGCUACCAGAUUUUACUGUGAGAACAUUCUUAAUUAGUAAGGGUGGACAGUCUAAAUAUCUAAAACAAUUUCAUUAUACAGCAUGGCCAGAUCAUGGAGUUCCUCGCUUUGGUCAUUCAUUAUUGUUGUUUAGACAGAAAAUAAGACUCUAUGAUUCUCUAGAUGGUGGAACCUUAAUUGUACACUGCAGUGCUGGUGUAGGGCGUACAGGGACUUAUAUUGCUAUUGAUACACAACUAGAGAAAGCCAAAUCCGAAGGAAUUAUUGAUGUAUUUAACUUUGUUCAUUUAAUGAGAACACAGAGAGUAAAUAUGGUUCAAACACUUGAACAGUAUGUCUUUGUCUAUGACUGUUUAUUAGAAGCUCUUAUAUGUGGAGAUACAACCAUUUCAUUACGAGCUUUUCCUGAUGUUUACUCUGACCUAUGUCAGUUUGAUGCAGAUAUCUCAAAAACUAAACUUGAAGAACAAUUUGAGAUUUUAAAAUUGUUAUCCACAACAAUUGAAAGAGAUGAAAGCUCAACGGCACUAACACCAGAAAAUAUUUUUAAAAACAGAUGCAAAAACAUAAUACCAGCUAAUCGUUGCAGACCAUACUUAAUGACAUCUUGUGAGGGUUGUAAUGACUAUAUAAAUGCUGUUUUCUUGAAUAGCUAUUGUAAAAAAGAUCACUUACUAGUAACACAGAUGCCUUUACCAAAUACAGUGACAGAUUUUUGGAGAUUAAUUUAUGAUCACAAGUCCUACUGUAUAGUCAUGCUGAAUGAAGUGGAAAGAAAUGAUGAUACUUGUGAACAAUAUUGGUCAGAGGAACCUGAUGGUGUGGUCUAUGGUCCAUUUCAAGUGGAGACAACAUCAGAGAUUAAAUCUAAUCCCAUCGUCACUGUCCGUGAUUUCACUGUUACCUGUUCAGCCAUGCCUGAACAACCCCCACGACAAAUAAGGCAGUUCCACUUUCACCGAUGGCAGGAAGGUUCAGCUAUACCAAGUUCUCAUUUGGCAUUGCUAGAAUUAGUGGAUUUAGUUGAUACAUGGCAGCAAUCUCACGAAGGGCCAAUAACUGUGCAUUGCAUGAAUGGAGCAAGUCGGAGUGGUUUGUUUUGUGCAGCAUUGACAAUUUUGGAAAGAAUGAAAAAAGAUCAAGAAGUGGAUGUAUUUCAAGCUGUAAAGCAAUUGAGACUCAACAGAACUCAGCUCAUAGACAAUAUGGAGCAGUAUCAGUUUUGCUAUGAAUUUUUGAUGGAUUAUCUCUCUUCUAGUCAGAAUAGCAUUUCUAUAGCAUCAUGACAUAGUGCUAGAGAUCAUGGCAAAAGUCUUCCUACAAUACUGCUGUCAUGAAAGACAACUAAGACACUAAUCAAGUUCAUACAUGUGUUAAAUAAAAGAAAUUACUGAACAAAAAAAAAAUUGUGAAUUUAUUUUUCUACAUAAAAACUUCCACUUUGCAUGAAUUUUAUUACAAGAAAGUAAUACUGUAAUACUUUUACUGUCAUUCUACUAGCAUCUCUUCAAGAAUAAUAAAAGUACAAUGGUAAAACUAUUGAUUAAUUGUAUCAUAGUAAACUUAAAAACAGUUUUCUAUCAGUAUCAGUUUUUUUUUUAAAUGAAUGGGGCCGUUAAAUGGCAAUGAUACAUUUCUCUCUGUAUCAGUGAAGUGAAGAUUUUAACAUGAAUAUGUUAUGUUAAUAUUUACAAUCACCUUCCUAUUUCUUUUUUUAAAUAUGAAAUUGCUUUCUAACAUUUCUACAAUGCAGACACUGGCAUUAAUUUACAUCUUGUGUUUUGUAGUCAAAAAGGUUUUUUCAUUUGUUUAUGUACAAAAAGCAAUACUAAUCAUAAUACUCGAUCUCAUAUAUAAAUAUAUAUAUAUAUUGUUCUUUUAUCCUUUGUAUUGAAUUAUUGACAAUUAGAACUUUUUUACACAUUUUCUUAGUACACCUAAUUUAUUGAUUAGAAUUUUAAACAAUAUUAUCUUUCUCUCAUUUGAUUUCUCCUCCACAUAUGGGUAAGUGAAAAAAUGUGUAACAUAAAUAUCAACUGUAGGUUCAUCAAGCAUGAAUGUUAUAUUGAUUUCUCUUUUUGAAUAUGAAUUUUAAAAAUGUUGGUUGAUUAUAAUGACUAGUUGUGAGCUAUGAUCUAAUUAUUCUAAGAAUGAUUGUUAUAAUGUUUAUUAAACUUUUAACCAGUGUUGUUGUUUUUUUUCGUCUUAGCACUGGUGACAUCAUUUUAAUGAAAACGUUCUGUUCUGUUUAACUGCUGAGUUAUAUUCUAUACAUUUCUAUGAAUUAAGAGAACUAUUAAUUAUAGUUAUUUCAUUACUACUGCAGUAAUAUAGUAAUGUAAAUUAAAAUUAUUAUCAUUAAUACAAAAUAUGGAAGUUAAAAUUUGUAUUUUGCUAUGUUAUUUGUCAGUGAAGUACCUACCGGUACUAAGCUUAUUUAAAAUUGUAACUUUUUUAAAAAUCUAAAAAAAUAAUUUCAUUUCUAAUUAUUGUUGCGAUGAACUAUUGAAAUGACAAUUAAAAUGUGAUA